CGAUUCAUUACAAUACUAUUGAUACGCAAAACCCUUUAUGGGUAUCAAUAGAUACCGCCAUUUCUCUGCAUUGCAAUUGUGAAGGUAAAGUUGAUAUUUACUGAACCCUUUAUGGUUUUCCUUGGUCAAUCGCUGCUUGAAUUGCACCUAGGCUUCACCUGCUGCUUCACCCUACUUACCAAUCGCUGCCCUUGCCGUUUCAAACGACAGCGAAUUCCCGUCGUUCUCUUUGUCUGAAACAACAUUGAAACCCCACCCCAUUUGUCCCUCCAUCUCUCUUGAUCAGCGAAUUUGUUUCUUGCUGUGGUACAUAUUGAUGAUACUGUUGUCUUGGUGCUGCUGCUAUUCGAUCAACGCCUAAUCUAUUUACGCCUCUCUGCAGCUGUUAAUUGAUCUUGUCUGAAAAGAAUAGGAAAGAUUAUUUGGUAUUGGAGAAGUAUAAAAUGGUAACAGGAGAUUCUUCGUUACCUCCAAAGAAGGCAAUUGUCAAUCCUAAGGCUAUUAUACACCAGAGAUUUGGGGAUAAGGCACAUUAUAAUAUUGAGGAGAUUCAAGAAUCUGUGUCAAAUGGAUGUCCUGGUUUGGCUAUUUCACAGAAAGGCCCUUGCUUGUAUCGCUGUUGCUUGCAACUUCCUGAAUUUUCUGUUGUGUCUGAGAUCUUCAAGCGAAAAAAGGACGCAAUGCAAUCUGCUGCACAAAAGGCCGUAGAGAAGUUAAGUGAUCCUCCUGUUGAAGAUCCAUCAGAUCAAUUGGUUGCCCGGCUAUCCUAUUUAUUCUCAAAUGAGUUUUAUUCAACCUGUCAUCCUCUGAGUGGUCACUUCCGAGCAGCUUUGCAUAGAGAGGGUUGCAUCAAUGGUUUUGUCCCUGUUUCUUUGAUGACCAUCUAUGAUUCAAAGGUUGCUAAUCUAUGCAAGAGCAUAAAACCUGACAUUGAGUCAAAACCAUUGGAGGUAAUGUUGAUGAUUAUGGAUGCUGCCACAAGAUUAUCUGAUACUGUAUUUGCUUCUAAAGAGCUUCUUUCAUUGCGAAGAACAAGUCCUUACCCUCCUGAAGUUUUGCAAUCUGUAGAAGUUUCUUGCAAGCAAGAAACUUACGUCAAGGUUAUUCGUGUUCCAUGUUUGACUGAGAAGAUUAUUGAGCCCCUGACUCUAGAUGUUUCUUCAAAUAAUUAUUACAUGGAUGCCAUUGCUCGAGAACUUGGAGCUGCAGAUGCUUCUAAGGUUUUGCUCUCUAGGUGUAUUGGAAAAGCUUCUUCAGAAACAAGAUUGUAUUUCCAUGCUCCCAAAUCAUUCCAGUUAGAUGUGAUGUCAGAAAGGGAGGUAAAAGAUCAUCAGGCAUAUUUAAAUGCAAGGGCAAGUUACUUAUCUGGUCAGGACAUAUACGGGGAUGCAAUUUUGGCUACUAUUGGAUACAUGUGGAAGUCUUGUGAUCUUUUCCAUGAAGAUGUAUCUUCACGCACGUAUUAUAGGUUACUUAUGAAUAAGGUACCCACCGGGAUAUAUAAGCUGUCACGGGAGGCCGUACUUGCAGCUGAAUUGCCUGAAAAAUUUGGAGCACGAAGCAGUUGGAGGGGCAUGUUACCAAGGGAUAUUCUCUGUACAUUUUGUCGUCAGCAUCGGUUACCUGAACCUGCUUUUUCUAGUACAACCGAUGGAGGCACUAAGGACAGGCGGCCAUCCGAAGAAACUUUCAAAUGUGAAGUGAAAAUAUUUUCCAAGCAUCAGGAUUUGAUAAUACAUUGUCACACAGGAGAAUCAUUUAAGAAGCAAAGUGAUGCCAUCCAGAAUGCCUCUUUGAAAGUUCUCUCAUGUUUUAAUAAUUACUUAAUGAAACUAAAUAUGUCUCAAGAGAAGUGGACCAAUGGAAAUGGUCUCGGUCUCGACUUCUAUCCUGAACAUAUAUCGAAGGAAUUGCAGUUCUUCUCGUUAGUGCAUAAGUCAUGGCCAGGCAUUAAAGCUAACACGAAAAGAUUGUUAGCAGUUAAUGGCACAAAUCAAUCAAAUAGUGAGCUUGCAGAUACCAUAUGCUCUUAUAACAUAGAUGGUCAAGACUCUGAAAAUUUUCCAUCAAAUGGGUGUUUAGUUUGCAUAUGCUACAGUGUAUGCUUAGUCAAAGAAGGAGACAGAGAACUCAUUGAGAAAAAUGAUGAAUUUGAAUUUGAGUUGGGUAGUGAGGCUGUUACUCCUGACCUUGAAGCAGUUGUGGCACAGAUGGGUGUGGGACAAUCUGCUAAUUUCAGAGUGGAGUUGCCUCCUCAAGAGUUGAUUUUUGCAGCAAAUGGCGAUCCCACCCGGACUCUCUCCUUACUCUCUUCAGGUGGUUGCAGCCUGGAAUUCUCCACGACUUUGCUGCUGGUUACCGAACCCUUAGAAGACAGAAUGGAAAAGGCUCUUUUUAGUCCUUCUUUAUCAAAACAGCGUGUUCAAUAUGCAGUGCAACACAUCAGAGAAUCUUGUGCAACUUUUUUGGUUGACUUUGGUUGUGGCUCUGGAAGUUUGUUGGACUCUUUAUUGGACUAUCCAACGUCACUGGAAAGAAUUGUUGGUGUUGACAUAUCAUAUAAAGCCCUCCCUCGUGCAGCAAAGACCCUUCAUUCAAAGCUAAGCCAAAAUUCGACCAGUCCAGUUCAAGGCAGUGGUAUCAAAUCUGCUCUGCUUUUAGAAGGUUCCAUCACAACGUUUGAUUCUCGAGUGUACGGAUGUGAUAUUGGAACCUGCUUAGAGGUGAUCGAGCACAUGGAGGAAGAUGAAGCAACUUUAUUCGGCCACGUUGUGUUGAGCUCUUUUUGUCCAAAAAUUCUUAUUGUCUCCACUCCAAACUACGAGUACAAUGUCAUACUUCAGAAAUCAACUCCAGAAGAAGACACAGAAGACAAAAAUCAGACAAAACCCUGCAAGUUUCGCAACUUUGACCACAAAUUUGAGUGGACCCGAGAGCAGUUCAGAAUGUGGGCCUCCGAACUUGCUGAAAAGCAUAAUUACAGUGUCAAAUUUAGUGGGGUUGGUGGAGUCGAAGGGGUGGAACCUGGGUUUGCAUCACAGAUUGCGGUCUUCAGGAGGGUUUGGGAUCUUACAAAGGACGGGAAUUCUUCGGAUUUGCCAUAUAAGGUUGUAUGGGAUUGGAGUAGCGAUAACGUGUGAAAUUUUGUGGCAGAAGCGUUCGUUUAUGUCAGUCCGACAAACCGGGGUUUUAAUUCUAGUCUUUUGGUGACCUGAUGAAUUUGGGUAUUAAUGGUGUUAAUUUAGGUAGUUUUAGUUAUUGUAUCUUUUGGAUCCUUAUUAUUAAUGGGAAAAGAAUAUAUGAAUGCA